GAGAACUUUGGUCUGUACUCGAAGUAAACUGCAGCACAUUUUAAACAGCAUUUCUUUUUCAACAUGGCAUACGAGUGUAUGGUUAUAGGAGCGGGGAUUCAGGGCUCGUUGACCGCCUACCACCUCGCCAAAAAUAACAAGAAAACUCUACUGCUGGAGCAAUUUGUCCUGCCACAUUCCCGUGGGAGCUCUCAUGGCCAGACACGCAUCAUCCGGAAAGCUUAUGAACAAGACUUCUAUACACACAUGAUGGAGGAGAGCUUUGAGCUGUGGACCCAGCUGGAAAAGGAGGCAGGAGUGAAGCUUUACAGGCGUACUGGCCUGCUGCUGAUGGGUCCAGAGAACGGAAAGAGCUUCCAGCUCAUUAAGAGCUCAAUGCAGAGGAACAAGGUUCCCACUGUGGUGCUGGAGAGACUCGAGUUCAGCCAACACAUCCCCAAUGUGAACCUGACGAGUGGAGAUGUUGCGAUUGUGGAAACCACUGCCGGAGUUUUGUACGCAGACCGAGCACUCAGAGCAGCCCAGAUGGUGUUUCAGUCACAUGGUGGUGUAAUAAAAGAUGGAGAGAAAGUGGUUAAUAUUGAGCCGGGUGAUUUAAUCACAGUGACGACAGACUCUGGCACGUACCAAGCUAAGAAUCUGGUGAUAACAGCUGGUCCCUGGGCCAAAACACUUCUCUCCCACACUGGACUGCAGCUUCCACUGCAGGUGCUAAGGAUAAAUGUGUGCUACUGGAAGGAGAAGGUUCCAGGCUCCUACAGCAUCAGUAAUCGCUUUCCCUGCUUCAUCCAGAUGCAGCCAAAAGAGGCAGAGCAUGAUAUCUACGGCCUUCCAUCCAAUGAAUAUCCAGGACUGAUGAAGGUUUGCUGCCACACGGGAUGUGAGACGGAGCCGGAUGAGAGAGACAGACAGACAGAUAGACAGGAUGUGGAUGUUUUGUCCAGUUACAUCAGCCGCUGCUUGCCUGGCAUCGUGCCUGUGCCUGCUGUUGUGGAGAGCUGUAUGUACACGGUCACACCUGACAAUCAUUUUGUCCUGGACCGCCACCCAACCUACAGCAACAUUGUGAUUGGAGCUGGGUUCUCAGGCCACGGCUUUAAGUUUGGUCCAAUUGUAGGCAAGGUGCUGUGUGAGCUGAGCAUGGGCAAGAAUCCUUCCUAUGACCUUUCACCUUUCAGCAUCCAGCGCUUCCAGGGCAUCCCCAAAUAAGAUCAACGAGAUGAAACUAUGAUAUGUGGCAGAAUAUAUAAGAAUACAUUUUUAGUAAUGCAAGACACAAUGGUGAUUUGUCAUGAACAUUUCAAUGAAAAUGCUUGUAUCUCUACAAUAGAUCAUUUCUAUGAAAUAUACAUAACCAAAUGAUGCAUCUGUAAUAUCCCUGGUUUGAUGUCUCACUGCUUCCUAAGCUGAAAUUCUCUAAAAGGAAAGCAACAGUACACGAUAAGCUGCAGAAAAACCAACAUAGCAUGGACAAAUAUGAGUUCAAAUUGACCAGACUAAGCAUGACCUUCAUGAAUAUGUAUACUUUUAUUCAAACAUAAUGGUCUUCCAUUAAAUAAUUUUCAAAGUUG